AUGAAAACUUUAAGGAGAUACGAAGAAGCUUCAGGGCAGGAGAUCAACAAGGAUAAAAGCUUCUACUUAGCUUCCAAUUAUAUUCAUGAUAGUAGACAUAAUAUGAUUCAGAGGCUAACUUGUUAUCGAUAUAAAUCAUUCCCUUUCAAGUAUUUGGGUUGUCCAAUCUAUUCUGGAAGAAAGAAAAUUUGUUACUAUACAGAUAUUGCCAGGAAUGUUAUGAAUAAGAUAAGAGGUUGGCAGGGCCAUGUACUCUCCCCUGGUGGAAGAGCUACUAUCAUUAAACAUGUGCUAAAAUCUCAAAUACUUCAUAUUCUUGCCAUUGUUACCCCUCCUAAGACAAUUCUCGAACAAUUAGAUAGUUAUUUUUCCAAUUUCUUCUUGGAAAAAUCUGUAAAGAAGAACAAAUAUCAUUGGAGCUCUUUGAGGAACCUUUGUUAUCCUACUGAUGAAGGUGGUGUUGGUUUUAAAAAUCUGACUAACUUAUGUAAGGCUUUCUCUACUAAAAGAUGGUGGAUGUUCAGAGUUGCAAACAACAUAUGGGUAAAAUUUAUGAGAGCUAAAAACUCUCCCAGAAGUCACCCUGUUUCAAAGGUCUUGGAAUCUAAACAUUCUGCUGCCUGGAAGGAAAUGAUGCAUAUCAAAAAUAAUAUUGAACCUUAUAUCCUAUGGAAGAUCAAUGAUGGUGAUAGCUCCUUUUGGUGGGAUAAUUGGAUAGGGCUUGGACCACUAGGUGCUUAUAUCAAUGGUAACAGAAAACCUGAUAAUAUGAAGAUUAGGGAUUGUAUCAAGGAUGAGGCAUGGGAUAUAAACACUAUUACUAGUCUGGUUCCUAAUAAUCUGUUGAAUCAUAUUAAACAUAUUCCUAUUAGCGAUAAAUAUAUUAAUGACACUCCUGUCUGGACUGAGACUUCUAAUGGGACUUUUACUUGUUCCUCUGCUUUUAAUAGCAUUAGUAAAAGAAGGGAUAUGGAUAAUAUGUGGAAAGAUGUUUGGAAAAAGAAUGUUCAAUUUAAAAUGUCUUUCUUUCUUUGGAGAGCUAUUAAGGGUCCUCUGGGAAUUAAAGUAGGAUGCCAUUCAAUUGCAUAUACUUUAAAAGAAUGGAGCAACUUUCAGAAUAAGAAUGAUAUCCAAAGAAUAUUAUGUCAAGUAUACAUGAAGAAGAGAGGGGCUACUGUGGAUAUGAAAUGGCAAUGGCAUAAAAUUUGUUCUUACAUGGAAGAUUUUAGGCCAAGAAUCACAAGCACUCCAGUUAUAUGGAAUAAAUCACCAGAAGGUUUGCUAAAAAUAAAUACUGAUGGAAGCAGUAAUAUUACAAAGAGAAAUGCAGGAAUUGGAGGAGUGGCAGCACUCUAUGAUCUUAAUUGGUACAAGCAAAACAAUGUAACCAACUGCAUCCUAGAGAUGGAUUCUCUCAUGACUGUCAAUAUGAUGAAGGGUGUUUAUAAACCUCCUUGA